AUGAUUUAUUCUCUAAGUAAUCAAACCAAGAAAGUUUCGAGGUAGUUUUUGAGUAAAGUUAUUUACUGUUCUUCAUUUUGAGCCAUAGUCACAAGCAUAAGAGCAUGAAACGUAUCCCCAUGCCUUCUCUGCGGCAUAGCCGCGAUACUGGAAAAAUUGUAAAGUACACUCCCUGCUCUAAACAGGAUCUUCAUCUGGAUGAUGAUUUGGACGAAAUAGCUGUAGUCAGCAACGCUGCUCCCGAGAAUGUUAAGUACGGACCCGGAACCCUGACAGCUAAUGGACCUCGUGUAGUUCCAGGAAUAAUAACGUCUGCAGGAAUGGACCACUCUCGUUUGGUCAGUGAACGAAGAAGCGCCAGCAGCACGCGUCUCCCAACAUCUUCACCUCUUUACUCCACAAAAUCAUCUGAAAAUUUAAAAUCUAAAUCUGCAUCAAAACAGAGCUUGCUGGAUGCAGUGAGCAACAAAUUUCACGGUGGGAAUCACAGGCGGCGAUCACGUGAAUCUAUGGCUUUCAUUAAUAAAGCUCACAUCGGGUCCGAUCUGGAGAUAUCUCGAAAAAUCAGAGAACAGCGACGAAAAGAUAUCAAGCGGGAAUUUGAGAAAUGGGAAACUUCCACCUCAAGUAGCGAGAAAAUUGGGUGUAACUGGACGUUUGUGUUUGAUCCAUCAGGCAGACUUUCUUAUUACUGGUCCAUGGUUGUUAGUGUGGCUUUUCUUUAUAACUUCUGGGUGAUGAUCUAUAGGUUUGCCUUUAAUGAAAUAAAUGCGAACACCAUUGUGGCCUGGUUAACUUUAGAUUAUUUAGCAGACAUUCUUUAUGUUUUAGAUAUUGCCUUUCAUUUCCGUACUGGAUAUUUGGAAGAAGGAGUGUUACAAACAGACUCGAUCAAACUUCAGCAGCAUUAUAUGAAUUCAACAAUGUUUUAUAUUGAUUGUUUAUGUCUUUUACCUCUAGAUGUCCUAUAUCUUUCUAUUGGAUUUAAUUCAAUUCUCCGUUGCCUGCGACUGGUCAAGAUUUAUAGAUUUUGGGCCUUUUUGGACCGAACAGAACGACAUACCAACUACCCAAACGUCUUUCGCACGGUGUCCCUGACACAUUACCUCCUAGUGAUCUUUCACUGGAACGCCUCUCUGUAUCAUAUUAUUUCCAAAAAUGGAGGAUUCGGUUCUCGCAACUGGUUCAAUCCUCGUGACGAAAACUGUUAUGAUGUAGUGUGUGAAUAUCUUCAUUCAUUUUACUGGAGUACCUUGGCUUUGACAACCAUUGGAGAUUUGCCAAGGCCUAGAACUAAGGGUGAAUACCUGUUCCUAGUAGUGGAAUUGGUCUUCGGCUUAUUCCUCUUUGCUGCUGUUCUCGGCCACGUGGCCAACAUUGUUACCAAUGUGAGUGCAGCAAGAAAAGAAUUUCAAGCAAGACUGGAUAUCGUAAAGACCUAUAUGCGAAUGCGAAGAGUGCCAGACCACCUUCAGAACAAGGUGAUUAGGUGGUUUGAUUAUCUCUGGAUGACUCAGAAGUCUUCAGAUGAGGACCACUCUGUGGGGUUUCUUCCGGAUAAGCUUAAGGCAGAAAUAGCUAUUCAUGUGCAUCUAGACACCUUGAAACGAGUGGAAAUCUUUCAGAACACGGAAGCUGGGUUCUUAUGUGAACUAGUAUUGAGACUACGACCUGUCCUUUUUAGUCCUGGGGACUACAUCUGUCGUAAAGGAGAGGUCGGUAAAGAAAUGUACAUAGUCAGCCGGGGUCGUUUGGAAGUGGUAACGGACAACGGAAAGACAGUGUUAGCCACUCUAAAAGCUGGAAGUUACUUUGGUGAAAUUAGCAUCUUGAACAUGGGCACAGCAGGCAACAGAAGGACAGCGUCGGUGCGCUCUGUGGGCUACUCGGAUCUCUUCUGUUUAAAUAAACAAGACAUGUGGGACGUACUGAAGGACUACCCUGCAGCUCGCGUUCGAUUGGAGGCUAUCGCUGUAAAGAGACUGGAAAAAUAUCGAAAAGACCCGCUGAAAAAGAUUGCCAUGGGCCGAAGUCGGAGUACCCCAGGUCUCGUGGAGUCCAGUGGAAAGGUUCCUCUAGAAGACAUGCCUCUGUAUCCGCGAGAGCCGUCCACUAGCGCCUCAGCAGACACAUUACUUUCAGACUACGAUAGUCGACCAGACGAAGGGGCUGUAGCUAGUGGAAUUAGCAGCCGCAGGACAAGUAUGGACGAUAUCCAGCGGAAAGGGCAGCCACUGUACGAGCGGAUCGGACCUGGUUUAAAGAUUGCGUGCACGAAUCAAGCCGAAGCAUCCGGAAGUAGUCGGCCCUACCUUACAGCGUCUUCCCUUGAUCGUCAACUAGCAGCUGCAGCUAUUUCACAUACUAACUUGCUCUCACCGCUGCCUCCAUCACCGUACCCUGUGCAUUCGCCCAGUCCUCACACACUUGAUGUCUCUCCUCUCAGUGGCUAUUCAGCCAUGAGCUCCACUGGUGCUGACCAUGCACUCUUCGGUGGACAUUCACCACACCUAUUAGUGCCAUCUCCCAUUCCUGGGAGCCGCAUAGGAAGUGUUAGCUCAUACUCUGGUCGGGAUCCGCAUCCAGACUUACUCAUAGCGGAGAUCAAGAGACUCCGAGAAAGACUAAUAACACUGGAAGCGGAAAACGCUUCUAUGAGCAUGAAACUUAGCCACCAACAGUGGGAAGUGGAAAACAGAUUAGCGGAGAUUGAACUUCAAAUAUGUGGAACUGGAGGUGAGGCUAGUCCGAUAAGCAGUGGUAGUACCGAUGAAAAUGAGCGUAAUCGAGAGUCUAUUAUAUGAAAUAUUGCACUACCGGUUCUUAUCUUUCCUUGUGCACAAGAAAUACACGUACUUUCUAGCAUUUGAAAGCCCAAUUUCAGCAGAUUUUACUAAAAGUCACGACAGAUGGUGCAAGUGCUUCAGAUACAUGAAUACUAUAGGAUGUAGACAGUGUUUUGAUGAAAUAGAAAGUGAACACAAAAUAAUAUUUAACUUAGAAGCUCUUCGUCACCAAAAGUGAGUGCUAAUGAUUAAAACCGCCAUCUUGAGUGUAAUGGCGAGAGAGUUUUGGGUCGUAGGAAUCACGAAAAAAAAGUCAUAUCAAUGUUUCACUUCAGAUCGGUUCCUACACCUUUCACUGUAUGCAUACUCUUCAUCUUCCUCUUGAUAUUCGUCGUGAUCAGCGACCACUUCAUGAUUGCUUUCUUCAUUGUGAGAAAUGAAUGAGAACAACAGUCUAUAAGAUUAUUAUUAUUAUUAUUACAAUUCCGUGUUGUUGUUGUUGUUUUCUUUUCCUGUUUUCUAAGGUUCUCAUAUUUGACGAUUUAUAUAUAUUUAGAUAUUACUGCUUGACUUUUCAUUCCCUGCAAGCUCCUACUAAUACAGAAAAUCACCAUUAUAAACUAACACUACAUAAGAUCUCUGACCUUCUUAAUGGUACAAUUAUACUGUAUAUGCAAAAGAAUAAAAUCAAAAACAUUUGAUUUUUUUAUUCGUUAAUUUUAGUUUUACUUCGAAACAAAUGCAAAAAUCUCUUCAUCUGUGGCUUUCUGUAAUUGCUCAACUGUUUACGAGGUUUAGAAAGAACGUUUAUAAAAUGAAUGUGUAAAAGUUGCUUUAUAAAAAAAAAAUAUUGUAAUUUUGUGAUAUUUUAAAGAUCACUAACAGAUUCUGUAGAAACAAAAAUAUCGACGAAAAAGACAAUGUUUCCGUGUUCGUCUUUUUAAGAUUACACUAUAUUGACAUUGGAAGCUGUGACUGAAGAUUUCACAAAAUACUUUAUUAAGAACUUGAGUAGUGUAUUUUUUUAAGAAUAUACUUCUUUUGCUUGAGUUGGAAAAUACAAAUGAACAAGUAAUAUACAAAAAUAUGCGUAGAACAAGAGCAUUCCGUUUAUGUUUGACAUAAACUUAAUCAAAUUACACACCAGUUAAAAGUGAGAGCUAAUGAAAAUACCAGCUAGCAUCCAGACGUUUUUCCGAAUUUCUUAAAUUUUGAAUUGACUGUUUUUAUCGUCCAGUGCUUUUCCAUUAUUUCAGUCACCCGGAAGUCUACGUACUUACAACGCUAAAAUCAGGAGUUUCAUUCCCCGCGGCGGUCAAAGCAGAUAGCUCGAUGAGGCUUUGUUGUAAAAAAACAAACAAGCCUUUAUUUUAUGACUUUUAGACUAU